AUGGCUGAUAUCGUGGCGUCAAUAGCUAAGGCUUUGGUACUUGACAUGGGUGAUAAUGUUGUUGACUUCUUCAAGGGCUCAACUCUGAAGGUACUGCUCGAGAGACUGUCUGUCCAGAUGAGGGCUGCCAAAGCUGUGCUUGAUGAUUAUCAGAUUACUGACGAACGUGGAAAACGGUGGCUUUACCGGCUUAGAGAAGCUAGUUAUGACGCUGAAGAUUUGUUGGAUGAAAUUACUUAUAAUGCUCUGGGAUCCGAGUUGGAAGCUGGCUCUCCCGAACAGGUGCGGGAAUUGUUCCUUUCUCGGACGGUAGAGCAAAAUUUGGAGGCUAUGAUUGAUGAAUUGGAUGGUAUAUUAGAUGACGUUGAGUUUAAAGAGACGAUUACUAAGGGAGAGAAUCAAUCAGCAGGGGGAAUGCUGACAACUUCUCGUCCAGAAGAUAACGCAUCGGCUAUUUAUGGUCGGGAGGCUGAUAAGGAUGCCAUGAUGAGUCUGCUGUUAUCCGAUGAUCCAAGUGAAGACGAUGUAGGUCUUAUUCGCAUUGUGGGUAUGGCUGGGGUUGGUAAAACCACCUUUGCUCGCUUUCUCUACAAUGACCAGAGAGUGCGAUGCCAUUUUGAACUUCAAGCAUGGGUCUCCCUUACAAGGCUGUAUGCUGUUGACAAGGUAAUGCAAGUUAUUAUCCAGAGAUUCACAGGGGAUCCUUGUUAUAUCAGCGAAUUAAGUGCGCUUCAAACUACGUUGACAGAGUUUUUAACAAAAAAAAGGUUCUUGCUUGUUUUAGAUGAUGAAGGUUGGAACCAUGAUGAAGAUUGGCGCAUUUUGCUCUCACCUUUGAGGUGUGGAGUAAGGGGAAGCAAGAUCAUUGUGACUACAAGCAAUGGUGCAUUAUCAAACAUGUGCACUGGUCCUGUUCAUCAUCUGAAAGAAUUAACUGAUGAGGAUUGUUGGUCCUUGUUUUCACGAUAUGCAUUUGAUGGUGUAGAUUUCAGAGCCCAUCCUGACUUAGAAGAGAUCGGUAGAGCAAUAGCAAAAAAGUGCAAAGGCCUACCUUUGUCGGCAAAAAUACUUGGGAAAUUCCUGCACACCAAAAGAGAUGCUUUAGAAUGGAAAAACAUAAUGUAUACAAUAGCUCGGAAUUUGGACGUGGGUGCCAACAUUCUUCAAAUUCUAAAAUUGAGCUAUAACUAUCUCCCACCACAUGUAAGGCAUUGUUUAGCUUACUGCUCCAUUUUCCCUAAAAAUUACAGGUUUCAAAAGGAGGAACUGAUUCAUUUAUGGAUGGCAGAGGGUUUAUUGGUCCAAUCCGAAGGCAAAAAACAUAUAGAAGAAGUGGGUGAGGAGUGCUUCCAGCAAAUGGUAUCAAGAUCAUUUUUCGAGCAAUCAAGUAUUAAUCCAUCCUCCUUUGUUAAGCAUGACUUGGCUACAGACGUGGCUGCAGAUUCAUACUUUCAUGUGGAUCGGGUUUAUUCAUAUGGCAGUGCUGGAGAGGUUCGUCGUUUUCUAUAUGCAGAAGAUGAUUCCCGUGAACUGUUUGAGCUCAUCCAUAGACCUGAAUCUUUGCGCACCUUCUUCAUUAUGAAGCGGUCCAAUUGGAUGCGGUAUAAUGAGUUUCUUCAUCUGUUUGCCAAAAGAGAAGGGCAAGAUCCAUAUACAGUUACUCAAGAAGCUGCAAGAAGAAGAGCUGUAAGUUAAGAAGCGGGGGAGGAAGAGCAGCAAGACAAGGUCCAUGAGGGGAAGGAGGACAUAAAAGGUGCUGAAGGGCUACGAGCAGCAAGGUUAAAUUUCUAUAGAACAUUUCAAACCAUACGUGAGAAAAGGUUUUCUUGCGAUUGUGAGCCAUUGUUUUGGAGAAGGUUAGGAAACAGCCACAUGCAUAAAGAGGCCUUUCACUCUCUUGAACAUUGCAAGGCAUGUUUAGUCUUUAACAUGUUAAAAUGUCACUCCUGGACUGUUUACAAUAAUUUAUAAAAAGCCACCAAAUUUCAUUAAGGGAUUGUGCUCAUUUCAUUUGGUUCUGAGAUUGUGUUCAACCAUUUGUUGUAAUUUGUAAAUCCACUUUAAGACUUUGCAGUUAAGAAAGGGGCACAGAGUAUAUAAGCACUUCAAAAUUGCUUAUUUUCCUUGUAGGUUUUUAAGGUGACCAUUAUAUUAGAGCGGAAUUUUAACUA